UAGAGAACGUCUGCCGCAUUUGCUCUGGACUAACCGAACUGGAGCCUUCUCGUAUAAUCGUCUCGCGAUAUUACUCGAGAAUCUCGCACUGCUGGUUCUGUAUUUAAUUUCAGCUAACAUAUUCAAGCGUGUCCGAUAUACAGUGUCGGAAUGUUUACCUAACUGAUUUUGAACCGCUGAACCCAUCUAGCGCUUGUACGGGGUAAAUUAACAUCCAGUCCAACGUAAGAGAUAUUGGGAAGACCACGUUUCGGUGCCUAAUUGUGUUUUUGGUCAGCAUGUGGUCAAAUAAAGAUCUCGACGCUAACGACAAUGCUCUAGUGAGCACUGGAGAUGCCACUUUGGACAAGCUGGUAAAUCAGUGGAUCAGCUGGGAUAAGAAUGCAGCAACGCAGGCACAGAUUAAAAGCCUGAUCCAGGAAACCCAUGUAGAAGAACUCAGGAGGAGACUGUGCUCACGGUUGACUUUUGGAACAGCUGGAUUAAGAGCAGCUAUGGGAGCUGGAUUUUCCCAUGUUAAUGAUCUCACUGUCAUCCAGUCAACACAGGGGAUGUAUGUAUACUUGGCUAAAUGUUUCCCUGAUCUGUGGAGCAGAGGUUUGGUGGUUGGAUAUGACACACGAGCACAGGAGUGCAGUGGCUGCACCAGUGAACGACUUGCAAGUUUGACUGCAGCGGUCAUGCUUAGUAAGGGUGUUCCAGUUUAUCUGUUUUCAACAUAUGUGCCUACCCCGUUUGUGCCCUAUGCUGUAAAGAAGUGCGGAACUGUUGCAGGUGUAAUGAUCACUGCCUCUCACAACAGAAAAGAGGAUAAUGGAUACAAGGUAUACUGGGAGAACGGUGCUCAGAUUUCUUCUCCACAUGAUAAGGAGAUCCUACGUUGUAUAGAACAAAAUGCAGAGCCCUGGGCUGAGUCUUGGAAUCAAGACCUGGCUGAGAGCAGCUCAUUAAGGACUGAUCCACUGAAAGACAUUUGCACCUGGUAUAUGGAGGAGCUGAGUACUCUCUGCUUCCAUAGAGAGCUCAACACACAGUCUCCCUUGAAGUUUGUGCAUUCAUCUUUUCAUGGAGUUGGACAUGCCUAUGUCCAGAAGGCGUUUCAGGCAUUUGGCUUUCCACCUCCUAUCCCUGUACCAGAGCAGAUGGAUCCAGAUCCAAACUUUUCGACUGUCAGCUGCCCUAACCCUGAAGAGGGAGAGUCAGUUUUGGAGCUGUCUCUUCGCCUUGCUGAGAGAGAGGGAGCCAGGAUUGUGCUGGCCACAGACCCUGAUGCUGAUCGCCUGGCUGUUGCAGAGCAGUGUGACAAAUGUGGCUGGAAAAUUUUUACUGGGAAUGAACUGGCUGCUUUGCUGGGCUGGUGGAUGCUGUUAAACUGGAAGGAGACUCACCCAGAUCCAGCUGAGAUUGAGUGUGUGUACAUGCUGGCCACAGCAGUCUCCUCUAGAAUCCUCAAGACCAUGGCAGAGAUGGAGGGCUUCCAUUUUGAGGAAACACUACCUGGCUUCAAAUGGAUUGGAAAUAAAAUCCACGAGUUAGCUAAAACAGGAAAGGAGGUCAUUUUUUCCUUUGAGGAGUCCAUUGGUUUUCUGUGUGGAAGAAUGGUCCCUGAUAAAGAUGGAGUUAGUGCUGCUGUAGUUGUUGCUGAGAUGGCAGUAUAUUUGCAUACAAAAAAUGUAACACUUAACCAGCAGCUUCAAAACAUCUAUGAAACUUAUGGCUAUCACAUUUCAAGAACUUCCUAUGUUACCUGCAAUGACCCCCCAACUGUCAAGAGAAUAUUUGAUCAUUUACGUAACUUUGAAGGCGAAGGUGUUUACCCAAAGAAGUGUGGCGGAUGCUGCAUUACACACAUCAGAGAUGUGACUACAGGAUAUGAUAGCAGCCACUCUGACAAAAAAUGUGUCCUACCAGUGUCCAAAAACAGCCAAAUGGUGACAUUUACAUUUCAAAAUGGUAUUGUUGCCACCCUUAGGACUAGUGGGACAGAGCCCAAAAUCAAGUACUACACAGAGUUCUGUGCACCACCUGGAAAAAGAGAUAUUUCAAGUCUUGAAGAGGAGUUAGCAAAAGUGACCUGUGCUCUACUGGAGGAGUAUCUGGAGCCUGAGAAGAACAAUCUGAUCCAAAGAUCAGUAUAGCUCUGUCAUACCAGGAGCAAUUGGGCAGGCAUCUUUGCGGUUUAGUUUCAACUUAAUAUAAUUUCAAUGCCUGCAAUGUUAUCUCACUAUAAAAUUAUGUCCAGCUUUAAUUAAUUCAUUGGUGCAAAGGUCUUAAGGUGUGAAACAUUAGAGUCAGCAAACAUGCCUGUUUCUGCCAUUAUGAUUUAUGUAUCCUGGCUGUUCUAGUGUCAUUAUGUUGAAAUGUCCUUAUGGCUUUAUCAAUUCCAGAAAACUUUGGUUAAUUAUCAGAGGCUAACUAAUUAAAUUAACUAAAUAAAUUUUCCUAAUAUGGAAUGUCAGUUCCUGUGUUUUAAUGUAGUGUCCCAGUGGUUGUUAUAAUGAUCUGGGUUAUUUGUCAUUCACAACAUAGUGUUCCUUUCACUAAAGUUAAAAACUGAUUUUGCUCAGGAGUACAUUAUGCCAUAACUGUCCAGCAUGCUACUGGGAGAUUAUGUAAUGCUACUCUGCUGUACUGCUUUAUAGAAUGGGCAAAUUUUAAUGAAAACAUCUAGGAUUAAUAGAACACCAUGAAAUAAUUUUAUGUAGUUUAAGUUAGUGAUGGUUGAAUGGAUAGUUUUAUCAAUUACUAAAUACAUUAAUAGUGUAGAUUUUGAUUGCAAGCAUUAUCCAAUGUAGUAUAUUUAGUUUUUCUUAGGCACUGCAUAUCUCUGUGCGCACCACAGGUUUGGCAUAGUCAUUGAAGGAAUGUCAUGGAAUGCAAGGUUACAUUUAUUAAUUGUAGAUAAAUUAUGAAUUCAUAAACAAUUCAGAAAAGGGAAGACCUCAAAAUCAUGGAUGCUAUGUUUGUGACUGAUAAUUAACUAAUUUCACAUUUGUUCGUUAUCGACAAUUGGGUGAUCAUUUGAAAUGUGAACAUGUUGGAGUUUGAUGUUCUUUGCAUACAAGUGACUUGCACAGUAGUUCAUAAGGCAGGAAGACUCUUGCUGCUUGCAAUGUACUGAAUUUUCUUGUGUGUAGUAUUACUCUACAGAUAUCUAUUUUUUUUUUUUAAAGACGUAUAUAAAUAUUUCAAGAGAUGUUGACAGGCUAAAUAUUUAUUUUGUGUAUUCUUGACACUGUACCUAUGGGCAGAAAGCACAUACUGUUGGCAUUGUAUAGUGGUGCAAAGAACAGUUUAUUUUAGAUGAAUCACCAAGAAAAAUAUUUUCUUUAUGGUAUUAUUCUAAGGAUGAGUACAAAUGAAAUAUUUAUUUGUGGUGAUACUCCAAAUAUAUUCAAUAUAUUGCAUUUGUUCCAUAACAAUUACAUUUCUGCUUAAGUGAAUUUAAUUAAAUAAAAUAUACAAAUCACA